GGGGGAUAAAACCCCUGUCAUCAUCCCACCUCAAACUGUUCCACUUACUGUCAAUAACAAUUUCACAGACAUCAACCGUACAGCCAUGGCUCAACUCGAAGGAAAAGUCAUUGCCAUUACCGGUGCCGGGUCCGGAAUAGGUGCAGCCACCGCCCAACUAGCAGCCGCUAGAGGAGCAUCUCUGUCACUAUGCGACAUCAACGAGAAGGGACUGAACCAGGUUGUCGAAGAACUUAAAGGCAAAGGCGUCAACGUGAUCAGUCAGAAAGUGGAUGUAUCAAGUUCAGAAGCAGUGGACAGCUGGAUUGCAGACACGGUCAAGCACUUUGGCAAGCUCGAUGGCGCAGCAAACAUCGCUGGGGUCGAGGGUCCACCUGGCGGCAAGGUCUUCAACAAUCUCGUCGACACUACCAACGAACAUUGGGAUUUCAUCAUGAAGGUCAAUUUGACGGGUCUCUUCUACUGCCUCCGGGCUCAGCUUCGAGUCAUGGAGAGAGGUGCUUCGGUGCUCAACGUGGCGAGCAUGGCUGGAGUGAUGGGCAGACCCGGUAUUGGCGCAUACUCGACAAGCAAGCAUGGUGUUGUGGGAAUAACAAGGACGGCUGCCAAGGAAGUUGGUGAGAGAGGAAUCCGUGUCAAUGCUCUUGCUCCGGGUCCCGUCGAAACACCUAUGUUGGAUAGAUUACGAUCGGAUGGGGGCAGUGUUGACAGGCCUGUCACGAACACGUACAAGACCUUGCCAUUGCAGAGGUUGGGUACGUCCGAGGAUAUGGCAAAGACGAUCUGCUUCGCUCUCAGCAAUGACGCUUCUUUCACCACGGGAGCCACGUUCUCCGUUGAUGGCGGCGUUGCAUGCUAGGCAGACAAAUUCACUUGUCGAGAGACUCAUUCAACAGAAAACUUGCCUAAACCCUGGCUCUUCCAGAGCAAGUUUGGCAUGACAAUAUGCGUGGCGAGCGUGUCUGUACGGCUUUUUCCAUGACAUGCUUGUUUUGUUGCAACCUGCCUACGCGAAAUCUCCGCGAGGCUCUCAUUUCAGGGGUAUUCCAAGUUACGUCCCAUACAACAAAGUCAUUAACCUAUCGCUCAGCAUAUCAAAGAAUCAACCAUCAAGCUAUUCGUGAAGUAUGUA